UAUAUUUAGGUUAUUGGUUAGGUUGCUUUUAUUAAUUUGUUGUGAAAAAUGUCGACCAAUGAAGAGAAGGUGAGAAUUUCGAAGCUUCUGCAAGAUCUGGAGGUACCUGAAGACAGGCUGCCGGAGCGGUGUCGGCCGCUGGUGAAGGAUUUCCAGGAGAAAUUUGCUGAGGAAGUAAUAGAAGAACAAAGUAGUGCCGAGAAUGAAGAGUAUGUGAACCCUUACAUACCAGAUAGAGGUCUAUUGGAUGAAAACGAACGAAAGCUCCGCGAGUUACUCGGUGAGGAGAAAAGAACUGUAAAAGUACCAAGCGAAGAUGCCUUGAAUACUGUCGAUCCAAAAAGACCUUGGCGCACAAACUCUUGCAAGGAGAAGCUACUGAGAAUAGAAUCGGAUUUGAAAAAACUGAAAUCAGCAGAUAAGAUUGCAACAAUAUGUUCAGUAGAUGAUGAUUCUAAAGUUAAUCUUUCGCAGGGUGACGUUAAAGCUUUAGAUCCUACUGGAGUUCAGUAA